GCUCCCAGGAGGGGAACCUGGAUGACCUGCAGUACCAGGAGCAGGACAUGGAGAGCACCAGUCCCCCUGAACACCCUGACACAGGGAGGGCAGAGCCAGCAGGCAAUGCUCCCAGCAGCAUUGCGGGCAGAGAUAAUAUACACAAGGACUAUGCCCUCCAGGAGCGUCGUCGGCUCCUCUCAUGGCUGAACCAAGUGGAGCUCUACAUCGCUGAGCAGAAGGCAGGCAAUGGUGGGGAUGCAGGCAAAGGAGAGACACAGGUGGCAUCUCCAGUGAAGGGCAAGUCUGGACCUAUGGCAGCAGAAGAGGAAGAGGUGGAUGGGGAGGCAGAGGAGGAAGAUGAGGAGGAUUUCGAUUACGUACCAGUGUUUGACCAGGCAGUGAACUGGGAGCAGACCUUCAGCACGAGCAACCUGGACUUCCAUAUGCUGCGCACAGACUGGAUUGACCUGAAAUGCAACACGUCAGGAAACUUGCUGCUAAGAGAAAGGGAGGCCCUGGAGGUCACACGUGUCUUCCUGAAGAAGCUCAACCAGAGGAGUAAAGGGAGAUUCCAGCUGCAGCGGAUCGUGAAUGUGGAGAAGCGCCAGGACCGCGUGCGGGGCAGCCGCUACCUGCUGGAGCUGGAGCUGCUGGAGGAGGGAGAGCGACUCGUCCGCUUCUCUGAGUACAUCUUUGCGCGGGGCUGGCAGGGCAGCGGUGGCGACGAGGAGGAGGAGAGGAAGAUGAGGAACCUGGCAUGGGGUCGCCGGCGGCACCUGAUGGCUGUGGCAAAGGAGCCAGAGCUGUGUUGGCCCCAGGGCUUUUCCUGGAACCACCGUGCCAUGGUUCACUUCGUGGUGCCAGUGAAAAACCAGGCACGUUGGGUGCUACAGUUCAUCUCUGACAUGGAAGAACUGUUCCAAGUCACUAAGGAUCCCUACUUCAGCGUCAUCAUCACAGACUACAGCAGCAAUGACAUGGAUGUAGAGAAGGCUCUGAAAAGAUCUACCUUGCACAGCUAUCAGUACCUGAAGCUGACAGGGAAUUUCGAGCGCUCUGCUGGGCUGCAGGCGGGGAUCGACCUUGUGUCGGACCCACACAGCAUCGUUUUCCUGUGCGACCUCCACAUCCACUUCCCAGCCGGCGUCGUUGAUUCCAUCAGGAAGCACUGCGUGGAAGGCAAGAUGGCCUUCGCACCCAUGGUCAUGAGGCUGCACUGCGGCAUGUCCCCACAGUGGCCUGACGGCUACUGGGAGGUGAAUGGGUUUGGUCUCCUGGGCAUAUACAAGUCUGACCUUGACAAGAUUGGAGGCAUGAACACCAAAGAGUUUCGGGACCGCUGGGGAGGAGAGGACUGGGAACUCCUGGACAGGAUUUUACAGGCUGGGCUGGAAGUGGAGCGUCUCUCCCUGAGGAACUUUUUCCACUGGUUCCACUCAAAGCGUGGCAUGUGGAACCGGCGCCAGCUGAAGACACUGUAGCCUCCAACCCCCAAACUGUUGGGCAGCACUGUCCACCAACUCAUCUCGAUGUGCACUUUGCUGAGGCAGACAGCUGAGCA